AUGUCCAACCAGCAAGUGGGCACUGUCUUUGAGCGGGUCAUCCAGGAGGUCUGUGACGCUUCUCAGGUCGACUUUGAGGAAAGCGGCGUCGAUCAGAAGACACUACUUGAUAUGCGUCAGAAAUGGCAACUUAAGCUUUCAUCUCUCAACGUCGCCCAUUUCCCCUGGGAUCCUCCUCCACCCCAGCCUACCCCGCAGGCGCCCGUCCUGCCCCCUCAGGCUACUGUUCCAUCCAACGCUCCUCGACCUCCUCCCUCUCAACCACAACACGUUCCCCCUCCCGUCUCUGUACCACAAUCUACUGCUCCGCCAGUCUCGGCUCCUAUGCAUGUGCAGCCCCAGGCUCCGAUCCUGCCUCCUAUGGGUGGACCUCGCAUCAAGACCGAGCCCGGAACCAAUGGACCUCCAUCCGGGGUGCCCAACAUGAACAGCCCCUUGCAGGUCCCUACAAACCCUCAAGCAGCUCGCGACCGUGCGAUUAGUGCUAUGCAGCAGAAGUAUGGUGCUAAUGCUGCCAACUCUGUCCACCAACUUCAGAAUCAAGCUUCAACCCAGCAUGCUUAUCAACAGCAGAUGCAUGGUAACGGCCAGAUGCCCCAGAUCAAGCAAGAAGGCAACUACCCAUCUAUGGGUCAAGGUCAGAACGAUGGUGGUAAUGAUGACCCAAUGGCUGAUUGGAAGGCUGAGGUCGCCCGUCGUCGCGAGGCAGCUCAAAAUGGUCAGGGUGAUGACUUACUUCGCCGCCACAUUAAGUCACAGAUGAUGGACUUGGAGGCCGGUGGAGUUUUCCGCCCCUUGGAUCAACAUGAGAGCCCGGCUGCGGCUGCACGACGUGCUGCGGCUGACUCCCAUCUCGGAGCUACUCAAGCCACCCCUGCUGUUCCCCGAAUUCCCGGACAGGUCGAUGGAGAAGAAGCGGAUGAAGACGCAAUCAACUCCGACCUCGAUGAUCCGGAUGAUGCACUUGCUGAUGACGCUGAUGACGAUGAAGCAGACGGCCAGGUCAUGCUUUGUACUUACGACAAGGUCCAGCGUGUCAAGAACAAGUGGAAGUGCACUUUGAAGGAUGGUAUUCUGACCAGCGGUGGCAAGGAAUACGUCUUCCACAAAGGCCAAGGUGAAUUUGAGUGGUAG